AUGGCAGUUCAUCCAUUUUCACAUACCGCAGCACUCAUCUUCCAUCGAUCAAAGAAGUUCGUUUUAAAAUUAAACAAAAAGUAUAAUUCUGGCAGUAAUAAUAGCAGUAAUAGUAGUUGUAGUAAAAUCAACAAGAAUAAUCAACAAGAUUGUGAUCCUGAUUACCUUUAUAAACGGGGUGAGGCAUACCUGUUUGGACGAGCUGGAGAACAAAGAAAUGAAAAGAAAGCAUUUGAAUAUUUUCAACGUGCUUCUAAAUUAAAUCAUAUAGAAGCACGGGGGGUCUUGGGCUUUUGUUAUGAAUUUGGAUUAGGUGUUGAAAAAAAUUUUAAACAAGCAGAGUUGCAUUACAUCCCAGCUGCAAAGGCCGGAAAUGGCUUGGCUCAGGCUAGGCUCGCGUUUUUAAGAAAAUAUGGUCGGCCUUGUGUCCGUAUUGAUCGAGCUGAGGCCGAGAUGUGGCAACAAAAAGUUAAAGAGCAAGGUGAAACAGCUAUCGCUUGGCUAUUUAACGCAGCUUGUAAUGAAAAUCACGCUGCCGCACAAUAUUCAUUGGGUGAUCACCUGGCUGCCAUGUACAACUUGGCUAAUGCGUUGGAAAAAGGAAUUGGGUGUGAAGUUGAUCUUGAAGGUGCUACGCAUUGGUUGGAAAAAGCAGCUAGCUCUGGAAUGUAUGGGACAAGAGGCAAGCGGAAAUGUUUAUUUGACCGGAUAUUGCGCAGCGGCAGCAUAAAUACUAGGGAUGGAAUCGGCUUAAGCCAAGCCGAGCCGGCUCGAGCUGAUGGCUCAAGCCAGCUGGCUCAAGCCGGCCCAA